CGUACAGUUGCAUGGAUUUAUAUCACAUACGAAUAUAGUUAUAUGAUAUUUGUGGUGAAUUCAACUGAAUAUUAUAUGAAUUUUUAUAAAAAAUAUUAAUUAUAAAUUAUUCAACUAAAAUUAGUUGAAAAAUCUAAUCUCAUAAGGAUCUGGUAUAUACAGUAUUUAAUACACGUAAGUAAUUAAAAAGUAAAAAUGCCAUGCUGGUACUAUGAGAAAAAAGAAUUACGUAAUACCCCAUCCGUUCAGGAUGGGAUUGAUUAUGACACAGAAUGCAGAUAUAGAAAAGAAGGUGCAAGAUUUAUAAUAGACACUGGUACAAAAAUGGAUUUAGGAUACAACACAAUGGCAACCGGUGUUGUUUAUUUUCACAGAUUUUACAUGUUUCAUUCGUUCAAAACUUUUCCACGAUAUGUUACUGCAUGCUGUUGUUUAUUAUUAGCUGGUAAAGUAGAAGAGACACCAAAAAAAUGUAAAGAUAUUAUAAGAACAGCCAAAACUUUACUAACUGAAGAAAAAUUUAUGACAUUUGGAGAAGAUCCUAAAGAAGAAGUAAUGACCAUAGAAAGGAUAUUAUUGCAAACGAUUAAAUUUGAUUUACAAGUAGAACAUCCAUAUGGUUACUUGUUAAAAUAUGCUAAAUGUCUUAAAGGUGACAAAAAUAAAUUACAAAAAAUGGUUCAAAUGGCAUGGACAUUUGUAAAUGAUAGCUUGUGUACGACAUUAUCUCUCCAAUGGGAACCAGAAAUAAUAGCAGUUGCUCUCAUGUACUUAGCAGGGAAAUUAAGCAAAUUUGAAGUAUUAGAUUGGAAUGGUAGACAACCCAAACAUUUACGUUGGUGGGAUAUGUUUGUAGAAGAUGUAACGAUGGAUCUGUUAGAAGAUAUUUGUCAUCAAGUAUUAGAUUUAUAUUCUCAAGCAAAUAAUACGAAACCUCCUGAUUCUCCACCAGUAAUUCCGUCCAAUGAACAAAAUAGAGAAAGAAUUGCUCCACCACCUGUUGUUGAUUCUGCAUCAAAUACUCCAAAUGUAACUCCUGGAAAAGCAACUAAAAUCGAAGUACCUGCUGUUGCUGCAAAUGGUUGUACAACUACAGAUACUACAGAUAGUAUAAAACCAGUAGUAGAACAACCACCAACACACUUUCCAACAUAUCCAACAAAUUUUGCUCCAGCCAAUACAACUUAUCCACCAGUAUUUCCACCAGCAAAUGUUUCCGUACCACCUCCACCUGUUAAUACUAUAAAUCAUAUUGUACCAACGAUGCACCAUAUCAGCUCAACUGCUCCCAUUCGACCUGCACCACCUGGUCCGAAUGCUGCACCACCUCAACCACCACCUUUUCAACCUUAUCCUUAUCCAACUAAUGCAUCCUAUUUUGCGCCUAAUGCUCUUGUACCACCGGCCACUACUCAACGUACCUAUUAUCCACCACAACCUUAACAUACAAUUACCACUUCUUAAUUAAUAAUUGCGUUAUCAACUCAAACAUCAUUUAGUAUUUAUACUAGUUAUAGAUAUUAUAACUUAGUCCCUUGUAAAUAUUGUAAAUAUAAAAUGUUUAUUGCUAAUA